UGCACAGUUGAUAGAAUCCUGAACUCCCUUUCCCUGUUUCACCCGCCCGGUCACACCGCCACAGGGAAACGAUUCCUUUGCUCGCGCGAAAAGGACCUUGGUACACGCGCGGUUGCACGGUGCCGACAGGAGCGGGCCAAGAGGCAGAGCACACAGAAGGGAGCAUCAUCCGAACAACAACCAGCAACAAAAAAAAGCCCUCUGUCGGGCCAGCCCCUGGAUCCGGUCGAAGCGGGGACAUCAGAUGAUAUUAAUUUUGUUACUUUCCAGCAUUUCCAUUUCGCAGUCCGAACGUCGCUGAUGCACCGUUGCGGGCUCUGCACCCCACCUAGGACACUCGGGCUCGGAACUACCGACGAACGUACGGCACCGGUGGCGGACCCUGGCAGCGUGAGUAGCGUGUCGGUAUCCCGCCGUAGCGCUGUACCGAUUAGCGCGGUUGGCCAAGUUUUGCGGUUAACGGUGGCAAUUGGACCUAGUGUUAACAGCAUUUUUGAACCAGCAAACCCCCCACAGUGCGUCGAGAAGAUGGUAAAAAGGUGAUAGAAAAAGUGAAGUACUGGAGCGUGCGAGGUUGUCCAAGUUGUGUGAUUUUAUUGCCAAGAAAGCAGAUGUCGGUAGUGUCGCAGUGUUCGUGCGUGUUUUGGGGCGAAGUUUGAGCGAAAAAACGAUCCAGAAGUAAGCGUAAGCGUGAGUAGUAAGUGUUGUGUAGCGACGGAAGAACGGCAGAAGAACAACCGUGCUUAAGGAAGAAUAGAAAGACGAAGAGUGUGAUUAGUUACUCAUGCAUAGUUCAUUCCAUUUCGUUAAACCAUAAGGUCAUGAAAAUAAUUUAAAGUUUAAGUGUAUCGCAGUCUUGCUGGAAGAAGGAUUCAACACAUGCGUACGUAAAGUAGCAUCGGAUGUGUCGUGUGCUCUAGUUUAAUCUUCCCUCAGUUCGAUAUCAAACCCCAUCGAAGAGUGCCAAGCGCCUAGAAGCAAUAGUCCCCCAGUUGGCAUGGAAAUGUUCGAUUCCCUUGCGAGCCGCGAAAGAAACGAUUUGUCCUACCGUUUGUAGCUUCCGUUUGAAGUGUCCGCGCUUGAGUGUCUUUUUUGGCUAGUGUUCCGCCGCUAACUAAGACCGCCCCGGGGAAUUUAGCGCCCACCCAGUUUGGUUUACGCGCAACUUCAAGCUGUAUCUGCCGACGGAUUACUGCUGCCUGCCUGCGCCGGUGGUGAAUGCCGAGCUCACUGUCGAUCCAUCGCUGUCGAACGCCGGCCGCACCCGCUGCCAAGACAGCCACGGCCCCACGGUGGAGUUCAAAACCAACUGCGCGGCAACCGGCCCCGUCGGCGGUGUUCUAGGAGGAGCGGCAUCGAGCGUACCGGGCAGCGGUGCGGGCGGCAUCGGCGGUCUUGGUUGCCUCGGCGGCGGUGGAGGCGUCAGUGGAGCGGGACCGGACGGAGUAGCAGCGAACGGGACACCGCUCGGGCUCAGCCCGACCAGUGCGGCGGACUCGCAGCAGUUCAACAUCUUUCCGGCCAUCUUUAGCCGGCAGCUAAACUUCAACACCGCCACCGCCGGGUCCUGCAGCCAGUCGAAGCUGAUGGACGAUCUGCGGCCGAACCUGGUCGGCGGUCUGCUCGGCCUGCAGCAGGGCCUGCUGGACGAUCAUGCGGCCCUCGCGCACGGCGGCAACCUGGCCGCCCAGCACAAUGCCGGCCAGGACAGCAAGUUUAUGGCGCUGCAGGACAACCGGCUGAUGGGCAUCGGGGCGCACGAGAACCGGCUGCUCGGGCUGGGCGGCCAGGACCACGGCCGGGGCGGUCUCGGCGGCCCGGGCGGCGGUGCGAACGGGGACAAGUCCCUCGGUCAGCAUCGGAAGUGUAGCAGCACACCGGAGGACUUCAGCGCACUGUACGGGGGACUGUCCGGUACGCCCAUCAGUGACCAUCACCAUCACCACACGCCAGCCCACACCCCUCCGAACCGGCUGUCGGACAAUGGGUCCGUUACGGCGGAAGGUGCAUUUAAAAAACUAAAACCCGAACCAAACAGCGGCCCGCUCGGUUCCUCCGUCCCGGGUGGCAUUUCGUCCCCCGGAAGCGGCAUCUCAGGGUUGCCCCAGCAUGCUGGCCACACGCCCACCACAGCAUCCUGCCCGACACCGGCCCGAAGGCGACACCGAACUACCUUCACUCAGGAACAAUUAGCAGAAUUAGAGGCGGCCUUUGCGAAAUCACACUAUCCGGAUAUCUACUGCCGGGAGGAGCUAGCGCGUACCACUAAGCUGAACGAAGCCAGGAUACAGGUUUGGUUUCAGAAUCGAAGAGCAAAGUACCGAAAGCAGGAGAAGCAGCUACAGAAGGCGCUCGCCCCCUCGGUCAUACCGUCCUGCAAUGGCAUGAUGCGCAACAUCCAGGGCUACAGCGUUUCGAGAGGUUAUCAACCGUAUCCACAUCCAAAUUCAAUCAACCGGUAUCCCCAGGACCUGUUCCAAAUGGGAGCCUCAUCCUAUCCGGGCAUGACGCAGCCAUUCUCGAUGACGCACGGUUCCAAUAUGGGUGCCGUUGGCGUUCGCCAGGACUCGAUGGGAAUGACGGCCGAGGACGAAUGGUACAACAAAAGCUUAUCGGCACUGCGAAUGAACAGCUCCCAUCAUCCGAAUCUGUCCGCACCGAUGCUGCAAUACCAAACAUAAUUAAUGUAGAUCAAAUGAAUACCAAACAGUAGAACACACCCACACGCACACACCCACACACAUCCAGCCACAAACUUCCGCUCUGCGUUGCGUCGAGCCAUCAAACCCCUCCCACCCAUAAGGAAAGGACAACAGCACAGCGGAACCAGGCGGGAUGGUGGUGGGUGCAUCGGAAACCUGCCCCGUUUAACCGAGUGUCAUCAUGCUGCAACGAGCAGCGAAAAUGCAUCGAACUGCAACGGGACAAUGCAGUCGCCCACCAGCCCACCAUUCUUGCCUAAACCCCAUCAUUCCCGGGGCUCGAGUUUUGUGGGUAAGCCCCCAGCGCCAUGUUGCCGAACGCCAUCUACCCUUCCUCAUUCGCCAGCACCUAACGUCGACACACACAUCACUCAGGGCCCACAGCCCGGAAAUGGCCAUUAUUUUUCUGGCUCACCCUUUGCUGCGUCCUGUCAACACUGCUCCUCGUAAAAAAGGGAUUUCGAUUCACUUUUAUGUUUCAUUGUUAUUGAUGAUGGAGAUUUUUCAUCAUCAUGUGGCUACGCGCACACCCCCACACACAUUUUGCCUAUUAUUGACCAAUGAACGUUAAACAGAACAAGAGACAAAGAAAGAAGGCCAGAGAGAGAAAAAAGGGAAAAAAAACUCCGGAAAACCGUUUAGUGUCCCGGCUGGUCGGAAAAUGCUAAUUUGAUUUAAUUUAUUACGUGCGGCAUCGAAACAGCACUCGCUUGUGCGUCUCGGUGUGCG